AAGAGCCUUUCCUCAUCCAGUAGCCUCAAGAAGCACAUGAUGAUCCACACAGGAGAGAAGCGCUACAGCUGUGACCUCUGUGGUAAAACCUUUAGACAGACUGAGAAAUUAACAGUUCACCGCAGAAUCCACACUGGAGAGAAGCCCUACAGCUGUGACCUCUGUGGUAAAACCUUUAGACAUGCUAACAGUUUCAGAUUUCACUGCAAGAUCCACACUGGAGAGAAGCCCCACAGCUGUGACCUCUGUGGUAAAACCUUUAGACAUGCUAACAGUUUCAGAUAUCACUGCAGGAUCCACACUGGAGAGAAGCCCUACAGCUGUGACCUCUGUGAUAAAACCUUUAGAAUGACUGGGCAUUUGACAGCUCACCGCAGAGUCCACACUGGAGAGAAGCCCUACAGCUGUGACCUCUGUGGUAAAACCUUUAGACUGACGGGGGAUUUGACAGCUCACCGCAGAAUCCACACUGGAGAGAAGCCCUAUAGCUGUGACCUCUGUGGUAAAACCUUUAACCAUGCUUCCACUUUGAGAACUCACCGCAGGAUCCACACUGGACAGAAGCCCUACAGCUGUGACCUCUGUGGUAAAACCUUUAGCCAGGCUGGAUAUCUCAGAAGGCAAAUGAGGAUCCACACAGGAGAGAAGCCCUACAGCUGUGACCUCUGUGGUAAAACCUUUAGCCAUGCUGGCCAUUUCAGAGUUCAUAGCAGGAUCCAUACGGGAGAGAAGCCCUACAGCUGUGACCUCUGUGGUAAAACCUUUAGACAUGCUAACAGUUUCAGAUUUCACUGCAGGAUCCACACUGGAGAGAAGCCGUACAGCUGUGACCUAUGUGGUAAAACAUUUAGGCAGGCUGGCCAUUUCACAGCUCACUGCAGGAUCCACACUGGAGAGAAACCCUACAGCUGUGACCUCUGUGAUAAAACCUUUAGCAGGUAUAGCAUUUUUACAGUUCACAGCAGGAUCCACACUGGAGAGAAGCCCUACAGCUGUGACGUCUGUGGUAAAACCUUUAGCCAGGAUGGCAAUUACACAGAUCACCGCAGGAUCCACACUGGAGAGAAGUCCUACAGCUGUGACUUCUGUGAUAAAACCUUUAGCCAUGCUGGCAGCUUAAGAGGUCACUGCAGGAUCCAAACUGGAGAGAAGCCCUACAGCUGUGACCUCUGUGGUAAAACCUUUAGACAGACUGGGGUAUUGACAACUCACCGCAGAAUCCACACUGGAGAGAAGCCCUACAGCUGUGAUCUCUGUGAUAAAACCUUUAGCCAGGCUGGCAAUCUCAGAUCUCACUGCAGGACCCACACAGGAGAGAAGAUCUAAGCAGCCCACACUGACUAUUUAUGUCAAACAAAUGACCUAUUGAACAAUGUAUGCAUAUCUUUUAUAGAAAAACCAAGAGGGUGAAGUUGUGCCAGCAGUCACCACUUGAGAGAACUUAUGUAUGACUCACA